AUGUGGCUCCAGGGCCAGGGCAGCCAAAGCUCAGAAGCAGGAGCUAGGGAGCAGUUCCUAAUUUUGGCGCCACCAACCAGGCCAGUAGCUCUUAAAAUGGGGCUCUUGGGACUUCUGCCAGUCCUGGCACUCUUCAUCCUCUUGGGGGGAGUCCAGGAACCUGAGCUCGUUGAGGGGUUCUUUGGCAGUAAGUGUCCUCAAAUCAGGGUACCAUGCAAUUACAGAGAAAUCGACCAGUGCGGGAAGAAGAAACCAUGCCCCAAGAAGAUGACGUGUUGCAGUUUUAACUGUGCAAAGAAAUGUUUAGAUCUCAAGGAAGACAUAUGCAGUUUGCCAGUGAGUAUUGGCCUCUGCCUGGCCAGCAUUCCACGCUGGUGGUACAAUAAGGAAACCAAAACCUGCACCAGUUUCAGCUAUGGUGGUUGCACUGGGAACAAUAACAACUUCCAAUCUGAAGCUGCCUGCAGGGCUGUCUGUUCAGAAGCAUGUGCUUAA